AUGACAAAAAUUAUCCUAGGAGAAAUAAACAUUGAGCCACUAAUUUCUACUCGUGAUUUCUUAGCUGAAGCUUUACAAAAAGCUCAAAAUAAAUUUGAAGUUGCCGGAGCCAUUCAAGCUUUUGAAGUUUGUUAUGAGUUAACCUGGAAAACUUUGAAAAAAGUUCUGAAUUUUCAAG